UCUCUCUCUCCGCGCCCUCGCCGGCCGCAUCUCGCGCGGGUGCCAGGGGGCUCCGGGCACGUUUCGGUGUCCCUUCCCUCAGCCAGCGGAGACUCCGCCACACAGCCGCUGCCGCUGCGGCCACCGCCCGAGGGGACCUGCGGAGAGCACGCCGGCAGGAGGAGGGGUGCGCCGCGGUGCGCAGCGCCCGCACGGAGCGUCGCCCCGGCCGCGCAGCGAGACCCGGGCCUCCCGGCCCCCGGAGCCCCCAGCCGCCUCGAUAGGCGUGUGGGACUGAAGUUCUUGGAGCAGGCAGUCCAACUCUUCAAGGUGAACUAUGACCACUUUACUCUUCAUUUUCGUGACUCUGAGGGUCAUCACUGCAGCCACCUCAGUGGAAGUUUCAGACCAUGACAACUCGCUGAGUGUGAGCAUCCCCCAGCCGUCCCCGAUGAAGGUCCUCCUGGGGACGUCCCUCACCAUCCCCUGCUAUUUCAUCGACCCCAUGCACCCUGUGACCACCGCCCCCUCCACCGCCCCUCUGACCCCGAGAAUCAAGUGGAGCCGCGUUUCCAAGGAGAAGGAGGUGGUUCUGCUGGUGGCCACCGAAGGGCGCGUGCGGGUCAACAGCGCCUACCAAGACAAGGUCUCAUUGCCCAACUACCCAGCCAUCCCCAGCGACGCCACCUUGGAAAUCCAGAGCCUGCGCUCCAAUGAUUCUGGGAUCUACCGCUGCGAGGUGAUGCACGGCAUCGAGGACAGCGAGGCCACCCUGGAGGUUGUGGUGAAAGGUAUCGUGUUCCAUUACAGAGCCAUCUCCACACGCUACACCCUCGACUUCGACAGGGCGCAGCGGGCCUGCCUGCAGAACAGUGCCAUCAUCGCCACGCCCGAGCAGCUGCAGGCCGCCUACGAGGACGGCUUCCACCAGUGUGACGCUGGCUGGCUGGCCGACCAGACUGUCAGGUACCCCAUCCACACUCCCCGGGAAGGCUGCUACGGAGACAAGGAUGAGUUUCCUGGCGUGAGGACCUACGGCGUCCGAGACACCAAUGAGACCUACGAUGUGUACUGCUUCGCAGAGGAGAUGGAGGGCGAGGUCUUUUACGCAACGUCCCCGGAGAAGUUCACCUUCCAGGAGGCAGCCAACGAGUGCCGGCGGCUGGGCGCCCGGCUGGCCACCACGGGCCAGCUCUACCUGGCCUGGCAGGGCGGCAUGGACAUGUGCAGCGCCGGCUGGCUGGCCGACCGCAGCGUGCGCUACCCCAUCUCCAAGGCCCGGCCCAACUGCGGGGGCAACCUCCUGGGCGUGAGGACCGUCUACCUGCACGCCAACCAGACGGGCUACCCCGACCCCUCGUCCCGCUACGACGCCAUCUGCUACACAGGUGAAGACUUUGCGGACAUCCCAGAAAACUUCUUCGGGGUGGGGGGUGAGGAGGAGAUCACCAUCCAGACGGUGACCUGGCCUGACGUGGAGCUGCCACUGCCCCAAAACAUCACCGAAGGGGAAGCCCGCGGCAACGUGAUCCUCACCGUGAAGCCUGUCUUCGACGUCUCCCCCACCGUCCUGGAGCCCGAGGCGCCUUUCACAUUCGCCCCUGACAUAGGGGCCACCACCGUCCCUGAGGCCGAGAACAGGACUGGAGAGGCCACCAGGCCCUGGGGCUUUCCCGAGGAGUCCACACCUGGCCUGGGCUCUGUCACGGCCUUCACCAGCGAGGACCUGGUCGUGCAGGUGACCAUUGCCCCAGGUGCAGCUGAGGUCCCUGGGCAGCCACGCUUGGCAGGGGUCGUGUUCCAUUACCGCCCGGGACCCAACCGCUACUCGCUGACCUUCGAGGAGGCCCAGCAGGCCUGCCUGCGCACCGGGGCGGCCAUCGCCUCGCCGGAGCAGCUCCAGGCCGCCUACGAAGCAGGCUACGAGCAGUGUGACGCCGGCUGGCUGUGGGACCAGAGCGUCCGAUACCCCAUCGUGAGCCCACGGACCCCAUGUGUGGGUGACAAGGAUAGCAGCCCGGGGGUCAGGACCUACGGCGUGCGCCCGUCAUCAGAGACCUAUGACGUCUACUGCUACAUAGACCAACUGGAGGGGGAGGUGUUCUUUGCCACCCGCCCGGAACAGUUCACCUUCCAGGAAGCACUGGAGUUCUGUGAGUCCCAAAAUGCCACGCUGGCCUCCACGGGCCAGCUCUACGCCGCCUGGAGCCGCGGCCUGGACAAGUGCUAUGCCGGCUGGCUGGCUGACGGCAGCCUCCGCUACCCCAUCGUCACCCCCCGGCCUUCCUGUGGCGGGGACAAGCCGGGCGUGAGAACCGUCUACCUCUACCCCAACCAGACAGGCCUCCCAGACCCGCUGUCCCGGCACCACGCCUUCUGCUUCCGAGGUGUUUCAGCAGUGCCCUCUCCAGGAGAAGAGGAAGGUGGCACACCCACGUCGCCCACUGAUGUGGAGGACCGGAUCGCUACCCAAGUGGUGCCUGGUGUGGCUGCUGUCCCCUUGGGGGCAACAGAGGAAAGCACGGAAGGCCCUUUUGCAACUGCAGCGCCCUCUGCCUCAGAGGAGCCGUCCCCCUCGCAGGAGCCGUCAGCCUCAGAGGAGCCGUCCACACCUUCACCCCCAGCGCCCAGCGGAACUGAGCCGCCAGGCUCUGGGGAGGCAUCUGGGGCCCCUGACAUCAGUGGUGACUUCACAGGCAGUGGAGAAGCAUCAGGACACUUUGACUUCAGUGGGCAGCCCUCAGGGGUCAGUGCAAGUGGGCUGCCCUCUGGAGAACUUGACUCCAGUGGCCUCACCUCCACAGUGGGCUCAGGCCUGCCUGUGGGAAGUGGACUGCCCUCCGGGGAGGAAGACAGAAUUGAGUGGUCCAGCACUCCUGAGAUUAGCAGACUGCCCUCUGGAGGUGAGGGCCUAGAGGGUUCUGCCUCUGGAGUAGGGGACCUCAGUGGACUUCCUUCUGGAAGAGAAGGUCAAGAGACUUCUGCCUCUGAAGUAGAGGACAUCAGUGGGCUUCCUUCUGGAGGAGAAAGCCUAGAGACUUCUGCUUCUGGAAUAGAGGAUCUCAGUGGACUUCCUUCUGCAGGAGAAGGUAUAGAGACUUCUGCCUCUGGAGUAGAGGACAUCAGUGGGCUUCCUUUUGGAGGAGAAGUUCCUGAUAUCAGUGGGGGAACAUCUGGAAUUUUUGAGAUGAGUGGACAGCCAUCAGGGUUUCCCGACACCAGUGGGGAAACAUCUGGAGUGCCUGAGCUUAGUGGACUGUCCUCCGGACAACCAGGUGUCAGUGGAGAAUCUUCUGGAGUUCUUUAUGGCAGUGGUCAACCAUUUGGCAUAACUGACCUGAGUGGAGAAACAUCCGGGGUCCCUGAUCUCAGUGGGCAGCCAUCAGGGUCACCAGGAUUCAGCGGGACAACACCUGGAAUCCCUGACCUGGUUUCUGGUGCCACGAGUGGCAGUGGUGAAUCUUCUGGCGUUACGUUCGUGGACACCAGUUUGGUUGAAGUGACCCCUACGACAUUUAAAGAAGAAGAAGGCUUAGGGUCUGUGGAACUCAGUGGCCUCCCUUCUGGAGAGGCAGAUCUGUCAGGCACAUCUGGGUUAGCGGAUGUCAGUGGACAAUCUUCUGGAACAAUCGAUUCCAGUGGGUUUACAACCCAGGCUCCAGAAUUCAGUGGCCUACCAAGUGGCGUAGCUGAAGUCAGUGGAGAAUCCUCUGGAGCUGAGACUGGGAGCAGCCUGCCCUCAGGAGCUUACGAUGGCAGUGGGCUUCCGUCAGGUUUCCCCACCGUCUCUCUUGUAGACAGAACUUUGGUGGAACCUGUGACCCAGGCUCCAACGGCCCAAGAAGCAGGGGAAGGGCCUUCAGGUGUUUUGGAACUUAGCGGUGCCCAUUCUGGGGCACCAGACCUGUCUGGGGACCAUUCUGGAUUUUCAGGCCUAAGUGGGCUGCAGUCUGGGCUGGUAGAGCCCAGUGGAGAAGCAGCAAGUACUCCGUAUUUUAGUGGGGACCUUGCCAGCACCACCGAGGUAAGUGCAGAAGCCUCUGCAGCCACGGGCGCCAGUGGAGAGGCCUCGGGACUUCCAGAAGUUACUUUAUUCACUUCUGAGUUCGUGGAGGGUGUUACUGAACCAACUGUUUCUCAGGAACUUGGCCAAAGGCCCCCCAUGACAUACACACCCCAGCUUUUUGAGUCCAGUGGAGAAGCCUCUGUGUCUGGGGACAUUAGUGGAGUUGGACCAGUGCUCCCUGGGUCUGGGGUAGAAGCAUCAUCAGUCCCAGAAUCCAGCAGCGAGACGUCUGCCUAUCCUGAGGCUGGGGUGGGGGCAUCUGCUGCCCCCGAGGCCAGCAGAGAAGCUUCUGGGUCCCCAGAUCUGAGUGGAACGACCUCGGCAUUCCACGAAGCUGAUCUCGAGAGAGCCUCGGGCCUGGGGGUGAGCGGUAGCACUUUGACUUUUCAGGAAGGCCCCAGCGAGGGGUCGGCUGCCCUGGAAGUGAGUGGAGAAUCAACCACCACCGCCUACUCGGGCACAGAGGCAUCGGGCUUGCCUUCGGCCACUCCCAUGGCUUCUGGAGACAGGACUGAAAUAAGCGGAGACCUGUCUGGUCACACCUCGGGGCUGGAUGUUGCCAUCAGCACCAGCGUCCCAGAGUCCGAGUGGACCCCGCAGACCCAGCGCCCUGCAGAGGCGCAUCUGGAAAUUGAGUCCUCAAGUCCCCUGUACUCAGGAGAAGAGACCCGAACAGCCCAAACAGCCACCUUCCCAACAGACGCUUCCGUCCCAACUUCUCCAGAAGGGACAGGUGAGUCAGAGUCCACCGUCGCAGUAUUGUUGGCAUUUUCCCCCCUUAAAUCCCCUGCCAGGGCCUGUGCCAAGGAGCUCUGUGGUGCUGGGACCUGCCAGGAAAAAGAGGGACACGUCACAUGCCUGUGCCCCCCUGGCUACACUGGCAAACACUGCGACAUAGACCAGGAGGUUUGUGAGGAGGGCUGGACCAAGUUCCAGGGCAACUGUUACCGCCAUUUCCCCGACCGCGAGACUUGGGUGGAUGCCGAGGGCCGGUGUCGGGAGCAUCAGUCACACCUGAGCAGCAUCGUCACCCCUGAGGAGCAGGAGUUUGUCAACAACAAUGCCCAAGACUACCAGUGGAUUGGCCUGAAUGACAGGACCAUCGAAGGCGACUUCCGCUGGUCAGACGGACACUCCUUGCAAUUUGAGAACUGGCGCCCGAACCAGCCCGACAACUUCUUUGCCACCGGGGAGGACUGCGUGGUGAUGAUCUGGCACGAGAAGGGCGAGUGGAAUGAUGUUCCCUGCAACUACCACCUGCCCUUCACUUGUAAAAAGGGCACAGUGGCCUGCGGAGACCCCCCCAUGGUGGAGCACGCCAGGACCUUCGGGCAGAAGAAGGACCGGUACGAGAUCAAUUCGCUGGUGCGGUACCAGUGCACCGAGGGCUUCGUCCAGCGCCACGUGCCCACCAUCCGGUGCCAGCCCAACGGGCACUGGGAGGAGCCUCGGAUCACCUGCACAGACCCCACCACCUACAAGCGCCGGCUACAGAAGCGGAGCUCACGGCCCCAGCGGAGGAGCCGCCCCAGUACGGCCCACUGAGAGGAGCUUCCAGCAUGCGCCAAGGAUGCUGAGCCCAGGAGCCUGCCAGGCUGACAGCACAUCCCACCCAGAUGGUGUCCUCUUCUUGUCACUUUUUGUCAUAUAAGGAAUCCCAUUAAAGAAGGAAAAAAUAAAUCCUACAUUGUGUAUGCACCCACUCAUCCCUCCAAAUCACCAAAAUUGCAUCUAAUUUGUCCCCUAAAUGCCAAAGCAAAGCAAAUUGAUUGUAACCCAUGGACUGAGUUUAGACACAUUUCUUCAAUCUCCCAUUGUGCCUUUCCAGGGACCAGUGCAGGGACAGGGGGAGAAGGGGAGGGUUAAGUUAAAUAAAGAAGAUUAUUUUUGUUUCCUGACUUUA